AUGAUAAAUCUAAUAAGACCAAAGAGAGAAACAGGAGAAAAGAAAAUAGUUUGUUAUUAUACAAACUGGUCGGUUUAUAGGCCAGGUACGGCAAAAUUUUCACCGCAAAAUAUAAAUCCUUAUUUGUGUACGCAUUUAAUAUACGCCUUCGGUGGUCUGUCAAAAGAAAAUGCAUUGAAACCUUUCGAUAAAUAUCAAGAUAUCGAACAAGGAGGUUAUGCUAAAUUUAACGGUUUAAAAACCUACAAUAAAAAUUUAAAGACUAUGCUUGCCAUCGGAGGAUGGAACGAAGGUUCUGCAAGGUUUUCACCGCUUGUUGCCGAUUCCGAAAGAAGGAGGGAACUAGUCAAAAAUACAAUAAAAUUUUUAAGGCAAAAUCAUUUCGAUGGUUUGGAUUUAGAUUGGGAAUAUCCGAGUUUUAGAGAUGGUGGUAAACCGAGAGAUAGAGAUAAUUAUGCAUCUUUGGUUCAGGAAUUCAGAGAAGAAUUCCAAAGAGAAUCGGAUAAAACCGGAAGAACAAGACUACUGUUGACGAUGGCUGUUCCUGCUGGUAUCGAAUACAUAGACAAAGGUUACGACGUGAAAAAAUUAAAUAAAUAUUUAGAUUGGAUGAAUAUUUUGAGUUAUGAUUAUCAUUCGGCUUUCGAACCGUCCAUUAAUCAUCAUUCGCCAUUGUUUUCUUUAGAAGAAGAUGACGAAUAUAAUUUUGAUGCUCAAUUGAGUAUUGAUUACACGGUUAAACAUUACUUAAAACUUGGCGCGGAUAGAAGUAAAUUAGUGUUGGGUAUACCUACCUAUGGAAGAUCUUAUACUUUAUUUAAUCCUGAUGCAACCGAUAUUGGAUCCCCUGCUGACGGUCCUGGAGAACAAGGAGAAGCAACUCGUGAAAAAGGAUAUCUUGCUUAUUACGAAAUUUGUGAAAGAUUUACCACCGGCGGUUGGUCUUUAGAAAAUCCUUACCCAGAAGCAAUGGGUCCCUAUACUUACAAGGACAAUCAGUGGGUGGGUUUUGAUGAUGAAGAUAUAGCUCGAGCCAAGGCCAAAUACGUUAAUGAUAAUGAUCUCGGUGGUAUUAUGUUUUGGUCAAUUGAUAAUGAUGAUUUUAGAGGAAAAUGCCACGGCAAACCUUAUCCUCUCAUUGAAGCUGCAAAAGAAGCACUUUUGGCAAGCGCUAAUGAAUUAGUACCGACAAAAAGUAAAAGUGCAAGUUCUAGUAAAGCAACGAAAAAACAAGAAUCGAGCUCUAAAUCAAAAAGUAGAAAUACACGGUUGCGAAUAAAAGCAACAACAACCACAACAACCGAAACACCUAAAGUCAAAUCAUCAGGUCGAACGACCACCACACCUCAACCUCCCACAACUCCUGAUCCAGGAAGCGAUUUCGUAUGCAAAGAUGAAGGAUUUUAUCCACAUCCAAGAGAUUGUAAAAAGUAUUUUUGGUGUUUGGAUAGUGGUCCAUCUAGUUUGGGAAUAGUUGCUCAUCAGUUCACUUGUCCAUCGGGUUUGGUAUUCAAUAAAGUAUCAGAUUCUUGUGAUUAUGCAAGAAAUGUUAUUUGUAAAACAAAAUCAGAGAGUACAGAAACAACUACACCAACCACUACAACAACAACAACAACAACAGCUAGAACUACUACUGCUCGAAGUCGAUUAGUUGUAACAGCUUCGCCACCUAGAACUACAUCUACAACUACCACUGAGCUACCAGAGGAAGAAGAAGAGGAAGAAGAAGAAAUCGAAUAUGAUGAAGAAGAUGAAGAAGAUCCAGGAACUAUAAAAGAACUCAUAAGUUUGAUUAAAAAACUCGGUGGCGUCGAACAAUUGGAAAAACAAUUAAAUCUUCAAAAUUCCGAUACAAAAGAAAAAAUUAAACCAAGUUUAUACAGCAAAGUUUUGCAGGGAAGACCAGCAAAUAGAUUUAGAGGAGUAGUCAAUCAAGAACAAUCUACUCCGAGGUAUUUAUCGAUAGUAAGAAAUCGUCCUGUUAGUCCUCAAAGUUCGAGUACCGAAGAAACAGUUACCUCUACAAGAAAUGUAGAAAGGCCUAAAUAUGUCACGAUUCAAAGAAAUAGAUCUACGAAAAGGCCGAUCGAAGAAGAAACUGAAUCUGAAUCUGAAUCUGAAGAAGUGGAAGAAGAAGAGGAAGUCGAAGUACAGCCCGUUCAGCCUAGAAGAAAAGAAGAACCGACGACGCCUAAAAGAAAAGAAGAAUCUUUGCGACCUUUAAGAAGACGUCCCAUUCCGGAUGCAACAACUGAAAAAGAAUACGUUGUCCUUCGAAGAACGCGACCUCAAAAAGAAGAGGAAGACGUUUCGACAACAUCCAAAUAUAAAAGUAUCGUAAGAAAUCGACCCACAACCGAAACUGCUGCUGCGGAAGAAGAAUUUUCAGAUGAAGAAGAUGAUAAUAAAACCGUCGAAGAUGAGGAAGAAGGAGAUGAAGAAGACAUUGAACGAAUUCAAAAUCGUAAAGAAAAAGAAGAUAAUGAACCCGUUCAGAAAUUUAAAAAAUAUUCUUCGGUUAGGCGUGAUAAAAAUGUUGCAUCCGAUGAGGAAGAGACGAAGGUGAGUGGCCAAAAAGGCCCGGUUAUUCAGGGUGAAACACAAUCAACAAAAAAAGACUACUACACGUCACGUGGAAGGGAUGAUGUAAAUAAUGUAAAUAAAUAUACAAGUCCUAAAUAUGUAACGAUACGGCGAACGCGCCCGGUUACAACCGAAUCUUUAGCGAACAAUGUAAAUAUUGUAAAUAGUACACCCGCGAUUGACGAGGAAAAUAACGUUAAUUAUGAAAAUGAAAAUAAUAAAAGAAUUAUUGUUAACGGAUUGCCACAAAAAUCAACAACGGAAUUAUUUAGAAGAACUCGACCUUUAAAACCGUAUACAUUUGAGGGAACGACACCGGUUUCAACGGAGUCAACAAACGAAGGAAAUGUUCAUCGAUUUACAGGAAGAUUUAGAUCGACGACUCAGAGUAAUGACGUUUACGAAAACAGGUCUCAAUACAAUAAAUAUAAGACCAUAUAUAGAAGCACUACGGCUUCCACAGUUUUCGAAGAAACGGAUUCUUCUGAUGUAAAAAAUGAUGAUUAUUUACCUUUUAAAUCCAGAACGAGAGGUGUUACAUCCACGAGCACUACAACUUCUUCUCCUGAGAGUGUAUACAAUCGAUAUCAAACCAUUUAUAGAACUUCUUCUGAAAAACCAUCAACUGUUGAUGACGAUUUCGAUACAUCAUCUGAAAAUGAAGAAAGAAAUGUUAAAGAAAUAGAUGAUAAUAAAAGUACUACUUCAGAGCCUGCUAAUAAUAGGUACAGAACAAUUUACAGGAGUACGAGAAAACCUACAACAUUGGAAUCUAACGAUAACUUUCCUUCGUCAAGAGAAAAAUUUUUUGGUUCUACCGGCAGUACUACAACUUCAUCGUCAGAAUCAACUCCGAUUAGAUAUAGAAGUACUCCCAACAGAAGUUCUACAACAUUCUCUGCUAAAAAUAAUUUAAACAAUUUUUCACAAAAAGAUAACACUUUUGGCGAAGUCUUCGGAAGCAGAACUUCUCCGUCGGAUUUUACAUUUACUAGAUAUAAAACGUUAUUUAGAAGUACAACAGAAAAAACGUCUUCGACGGAUAACGGCGAUGAUAAUAAUAAUAAUAAUUAUAUACCGCAGAGGAAAAGAAUUUUUGGAACAAUUACAAGUUCGACUUCGUCACCUGAACCUUUAUACAAUAAAUACAAAACAAUUCACAGAACCACAUCAGAAAAAUCUUUGCUUUCUCAAAACAAUGAAAAUAAUUAUUCUCAAAGACAAAAACCGUUAAGCACCGUAACAAGUACAACUUCGGCAACUUCUUCUUCUGACAAUGUCCCAACGAGAAGAUUUCAAUUUGCACCACGUACCAAACCUACAAUAUUAUCUCCUAAACCAGUGCAACAUACAACAGAAAGUUUUACAAUCACCGUUCCAGACUUACCAAACAAAGAGGUUCAUUCUUUAACUGAAAAUGCAGUUGACUCGCAGGAUGGCAAUGCACCUUUUCCUUUAGUCACAUUAGAACCUACAACAAAUGCACCUGUAAUUUCCGAUUCUAAAAAUUUUGAUGAACCUGAAAAUGAUGUUGGGUUAACCUCGACAACAAAAAACACAUUUUCUUCACGCGUACCAACAACUUCUACUCAAACUACUAUUGUUACGUCAAUUACCGAAUCAUCAUUUACCGAAAGAGGAAUAAUAUUGAUUCCGAAAAAAUCUCGCCUUUCCAAUGAUAGCGAUCUAGAUUUCAGUAAAAUCGUUACUUCAUCGCUUGUACCCCAAUCUGAAGUUACUAAACCUUUGAAUAAAUACCUAGGAUAUAAAACUAUACUCAGACCGACGACGCCAUCAACUGAUUUUGCAAAAGAAGAAAAAAGCUUAUUUAGGAGGUACAAGACAAAAUCUACCACCACUACAACGGAAGAACCAGUCCAGUCUAAUCCCAGAUUCAUUCCAAAGAAAACAAGAAAUUUUAAGAAAAUAAUAAGCACCGAACCUCCUACAGCUUCUUCUACAAGUACGCAAAGAAGUAGAUUUAGUCCUAGGAAUAAACCCAGACAAGCGGAAACAUAUGAAACAGAGUCAAGUAGCACUUCAAACGGAAGAUUUGGAAAAAGGAAAAUACCUUAUAAAAAAUCAGACGUUGAUGAUUUAGACGUUGAACAAACGGAAAAUUAUUUUGGAGAUAGAUAUGAAAAUAAUAAUAAUAAUAAUAGAUAUUUUUUGGCAGAGAAAGAAAAACGAAAUUAUAGAAAUAAUUUUUUGAACGCUGCAAUAAAAAAAGAAAAUCAAACACCUCAAAUAAGUGGGGGGUUAAAAAACUUUUCCGAAAAAAAUAAACCGAUCAAUGUUUUUCCAACACAAUCAGCUACCGAAGAAGAAACUCCUGAAUCAGGAAUAUCGAGUUUUAACAUAAGAAAUCAAAUUUCUUCAGAAAGGAAUCAUCGUUUAACGGAUGCAUCAAACAAUAAUGAGCCUAAUCAACAUCCUUCAACUAAUUUACAAACCAAUAUUUAUGUACAAAAUAACGAUAAUCCAAAUAUAAAUAAUUUAUUCGUGACAAACACCCCAGAGAAUUUAGUGACAGAAUAUCCGAUACUAAAAGAAACAAUCGUCGUUAAAGAUGAUGAUGUUGCUACCACAUGGUUCGUAAAUAAUAGGGAAACAGAAAAGACAACAAGUACAACAAUUAAUCUCACUCAAUCACCACUUGAAAACAAUGAUAACAUAAAACCUGAUAAGAAUCUUACCUCCUUGAGAAACUUAAGAAUGACAACAACAUCCGACGUCAAUGAAAAAAACGAUUUUGUUGAAGUUGACAGCAUUCAAGGGGAUUUAAAUAAUUUUAACGAUUAUAAAACAAAGAUAGAAGAUAAAAUUGAAAGGAAAAGUACAGCGAGAUUAAAAAAAAGACCUCAUUCUCCCGCUACAAAAAAAACAACAACUGAAAAUAUUUAUAAAGAACCAACUGAUUUUUCGAAAAAUGCUACGAAAUUACCAAGAAUAAGAAUUGUACAAAAAAGAAUAAGAAAAUUUGGAAAUAAUUUUACAACAGCAGAAGAACUUUCGUCGGUAAUAAUUAAAAAUGUACCCGAUAAAAAUUUCACAAAAAAUUUUAAAAAUUCAGCAAGAUUUAAAUAUUCGAAACCUCAAUAUAAUAUAAAUGAUGAUGACGUAAGGAAUAAGGAAAAUAAUUUUGAAAAAAAUGAGAAGGAGGUCGAGGAGGAGGAGGAUGAUGAUGAUGAUGAAAAUGUACAAAAUACAAACGAAGCAAAAUUUGCUUCUUCUAAUUUUAAAAAAUUUAGAAUAAGAGCAAACGCGACCGAUUUUCAUUCUAAAUUUAAUCAAAAUAAAAACGUUUUAGAAGAGGACAACAACGAUUCAUUCAAGAGGUCGCGAAAAGUUGUUAUUAGAAAAAAUGAACCAACGGAAGGAUCAGAUAAUCCUUCUGAUAUUUCAAGUUCUCAACUUGAUUAUAGUUAUAGUUCUCCAACCAAAGAGCCUAUCAAUGGUAAUCGGCCAUUAUUUAGAAAUAAUAGCGAUUCAUUAGAUGUAAGACAAAAUCAAAAUAAUUUAAAAACGUCAAGCUCGAGGGAAAUAGUUUUUGGAACGGAUAAUCCACAAACUACACGAGGAUUAGGAUUAAAAAAUAAUAUCACGAUUGGUCUUUCAUUGGAUGAAGUAAAAGAUCCUCCGAGAGAUUAUUUUUUAGAUCCUUCGGUGGGAACUACCUACGGACUGAGGACCGAUAGCACAUACGGAGUCACAAAAAGUUUAUCUAGUCCAGGUAUAACAACGGAAAACUCAGUCAACAAUUCUAAAUUUCAAUCGACAAUUAAAGUACCGAAUGAUUCGUCGCAAAAUUUAAUAUCAUCGUCAGAUUUGAUUCCCGAUUCUAAAACCAGCGCAUCAUCCGAUUCGGGAUCAAGAUAUUCGAAUAUAAUACCCGGACCUUUUUCCCGGAAAAUUCCCGGAAAUCCAGGAAAAGAAACAUUCGGGACUAAUUUUUUUUACAAUCCAAAUCGAAAGCUGACAGAGGGAUUCAUAAUAGAUGACGAUAUAAACAAUUAUGAAAAUUUCGAAAUAGAAAAAAACGAAAUUUCUAAAAACAAAGAUGAUUUCACGGAUAACAAUUCGAAUUCGGAAAUAAUAAAAAGUGAAAUUCGCGGAAAUCGUUUUAACGGAACAAAUACGGCGGCUGCUUAUCCCCAAGAUUCCAUCACAAAUAAAAUUCCCUCAAAUCCUAAUCGCUUAAAUUUUAGAGUAGUAAAAACCAGAAUUCGUACGAAAGUGAACCUUACCCAACCGUUGGGACAAGUAUCCAUUGAAAACCCAACAUUAUCGAACGACACAGAAGAAGAAAACAAUGAAAGUGGAAAGUCUGAACUGUUCAAAAAGAGAAAGAAGGUGAUAAUAAGAGGUCGACCUAUCCAUCCAGAGUCAAAUGAGAGAGAGGAAGAUAUCAAUAGAAAGACAUCUGAGGUAUACUCACCAUCUAGUAGUACUCCAAAGCCAACUUCAAAUCGAAGAGGUAAUCAAGAACCUUCAACAGGAGCAAGAUUUAAAGUCCGAUCGACGACUCAAACACCUAAUGGUGAAAAAUCAGAAAGAAGACAGCCACCACCCACUACAAUCAGGCCGGUUAAUCUUUUAAGACGAAGAAACAGGCCGACGACUAGUACUACAGUAUCAACAACAACGAGUAGCACGACUACAGAAAUACCUUACCUCGUCGUACAAGACGACAGCAGCAUUGAAGAAUCAAAAACAUUGAAUGAAAGUCCCGGUAUUCAAGAUUUGGCAGAUCCAGCUGUUGUUGCAAUUCACACUUUGGCGACAGUACCUCCUGGUUUAUUAUCUUCUUCCGGAAGGCCCGUGACUUAUUACAAUGCACCUCCUGAUACUUAUACCGUUCACGUAACACCGGGAGAUAUCGAAAGCAUAACACCCGGAAGAAUUUCAACCAUCGCUCCUGGAACUGUAAGACCAACAUCUAUAUUAACAUUGAAACCUUUUACCGUUCCGGUCAUAACAAAACAACAAGCAAAACAAAAUUCAGUUCCGAUCAGGACACCAUCACCUUUCAGAGCCACAGGAAUUCCGAUUGUCACCGAAGAUCCAUUUGCAUCUAGAAAUGAUAUUUUGGAACAAUCAAGAAGAUUAGAAUCAGUUCCCAAAGGUAGACCGACAAUAACCGCACUUACUCCAUCAACUCCAUCACCCAGGAUAGAAUCGAAAAAAUCUGAAAGAAUAAAACCAUUUAGUAAAAUAUCUGCACCGGAAAUAGUUCAAACCGUCAAUUCACCUGAUCCAGGAUCGGAUUACGAAUACUACGAAGAUGAUGAUCCAUUAGCAAACCUUCCAGCAAGUGCAUUAAAGGUUAAAGUUCACAGUAACGGUUACAUCGAAUGUUUAGAUAGAGGAAAUUUUCCACAUCCUUUUUCGUGUAAAAAAUUUAUUUCUUGUGCUAAAAUGGAAAACAAUGAACUUUUAGGAUGGGAAUACACGUGUCCAAAACAUUUAAGUUUUGAUCCAGUUGGUGGAAUAUGUAACUGGUCAGCUGGUUUAGGAUGUCAACAUUAA